AUGAGCACAGACGUCGACUCGCGGCCGCGAGAGAAGAAGGGCAACCUGUGGGCGCGUCUCUCCGGCACCUUUGCGACGCGACCGCUCGACGAAGACGACGGCCAGCCGCACUCGGCCGACGCGCCCAGCGCCUCCUCCGCCGAGGACACGGGCCGCAAGCAGCGCGGGAGCGGCGGCGAGGGACGCGGUGGGCGCGGUGGCCUCCUCGGCUCGGCCCGAUCGCGCACCAACGACGGCAGCAGCCAAGGCGACGACGCCGCUGGCAGCGAAAGCGACGAUUCAUCGCCCAAGCAGCGCCGGUCUUUCGGGCGCAGGAAGGACCGCGGGAGCGGGAGCGACUCCGGCGGGUCGCAUCCGUCAUCGCCGCUGGCCUCGCCGUCGACCGUCAAGCGGAGGAGCAAGGGCAAGAGCGACACGGCCGAGAGCAACGCCGACCUUAUCACCACCAGCAGCGGCAACAUCAGCGUCAGCGGCGCCACGACCACCAGCACGACCAGCACCAAUAACAGCGGCGGCGCGGGCGACUCCGGAGAGCCGGCUGCGGCGAAGCCGGUCACCACGUGGGUCACGUCGCCGCGAGGCCCGCGGUCCCCGAUCGCCUCGCCACGGUCGCCCGACGAGAUCAGCAGCCAGCGGCCCAGCCGAGGGUGGGCGGCGGGCACGGCGCACCCCAGGGAGGACACCAGCCCGCGGUCGAACAACAAGUACCUCUCUGUGCGGCGUGGCAAGGCCUUCUUCGGGUUCGGUUCGAAGCCGGAGGAGGUCCUGAGCACGUCGCCGCCGUCCUCGCCGCCGCCGGUGCCUUUCGUCGUCGACGAGGGCCGCGUGGCCAUCGUCGUCGAAUGCCUGGACCAGAAGUUCCAGCGCACCAUCCGCACCGACGAGGACGCCACCCUCAACGACAUCCUCGCCCAGCUCGUCAAAAAGAAUCCCUUCCCCGAUGUGAACGACUAUGCAUUCUUUCUCAAGGAAAACAAAACGCGGGGUCCGCUGUCGAAGCUCGAGCCCCUCAAGAACUUCGCCUUCGAACCCAUGACCGUGCUGCAGUUGAUUCGAACGCAGGUGGUGCUCAAGGUGGAGUGGGAAGGCACCACCUUCAACAUCGCCACCCAGCCCGAGUCGAGCGUCAAGCAGACCCUCCAGCAAAUUCACACCAUCAUCCGCAAGAAGACGACGCUGGAGAAGCCGAACGAGUACUGCCUGUUCUUCCCGAUGGAGAAGGGCGGGGAGAUCAUGCUCGAGGAGAAGCGGACGAUCGCGUCCUACCGCCUCAACUCGCACACGCUGCUCCACUUCAAAAAGAUCUCCAAGUCCAUCACCGCCACCCAGAAAUCGACCCAGCGACUCGACAAACUCCUGGCGGCCGAGAAGGAAGCUGGCGAUGACAAGGUCUAUCUGAUCAUUGAAUCCCCGACCCAC